GAGAAGUUAAGAGAGCAUGUGACUCCUACAGAAUACAGACUCCUACAGAAUACAGACUGUCAAGUGAGAGCCUUCUUGCACAAAUAAUUGUGUUCAAUAAGAGACGAGAAGGAGAGGCAUCACAUUUAACCCUUGAGACAUAUCUCAAAGCAGACAAAGGCCCUUUAAAUAAGGACAUUUAUGAGACUCUAUCAACUGUGGAGAAACAAAUGAGCAAAAGACUCACACGUUUGGUGACACGUGGAAAGAGAGGGAGAAAAGUACCCAUCCUACUUCUUGAGCGCACAAAAGAGUCGCUUGACUUCAUGGUUGAAAAAAGGAGCGAAGUUGGCAUUCUUGAGGAGAACCCAUUUCUGUUUGCAAGGCAUGGCACAACAACUAAUCUUCGUGGGUGCGACUGCCUAAGAAAAUUUGCAGAAGAGAGCAAGGCCAACAACCCAGAACUGCUGAGGUCAGCAAAGUUGAGGAAGCAUGUUGCUACCUUAUGCCAGCUGCUCGACCUCAGCAACCAGGAACUUGAGCAAGUUGCUCGUUUUAUGGGGCAUGACAUCAGAGUCCACUACGAGUAUUAUCGGCAGACGGAUAAAACAUUUCAAGUGGCCAAGAUUGGCAAACUUCUGUUUGCCAUGGAACACGGAGCAAAUUCACUGAAAGAUAAAAGCCUGCAAACACUGGACUCUGUUAUCAGCAGCAAAAGACCUGCAGCCACCUCAACCAAACGUUCGCAAGCUGUCAAAAAGAGAAGGAUCUCAGAUGCACGUGGUCAACUGGAAGAGCAUGAUGAUGGAGAACAGCUGUCCUCCACAAGCUCAUCAGCUCAGGGGAAAAAGAUGACUGUCCCAACACCAAGAGAUGAUUCUGAUGAGGCCUCUGCAGCGAUGUCUUCUGUAGAGAGUCUACAACAAGACGUGAAGAUUAUGGUGGUUCUGAGGAGGAGGAUUGGAGCAAUGACAUCAGUCAAGGCACUGAAGACACAGUUGUACAGGAGCCACACUCAACUUCUGAAAGAUCAUCUGUUGACAAACCAAAGAGGAUGGCAACUGCUCAACUGGAUGAUGGUGAUGAUGAAGAUGGCAGUGACCCUGAGCAUGAUGAAGAGAACAGACUGACUGCUGGCCCAAAAUUCCCUCCAAAGGGCCGUAAGAAGACUGCAGGCAAUGAUGAUGAAAUGGUGGUCAAGAAGAAAGUUAAGAGACCCUGGAAUGACCAGGAGAGAAGUGCAGUUGGACGACGCCUUGCCAGGUUCAUCACGCUGAAGAAGGUUCCAGGAAAGCAGGACUGUCUGAUGUGCAUUGCCAAAGAGUCUCCAGUCCUAAGAGCGCGGACGUGGAAAGACGUGAAAUAUUUAGUGAAAUUGAGUAAAGUGUGACUGACUGCCAGCAUAUGAGGUCAUUAUGAUGAAUCAGUUUUCUCAGAGGGAAUCGUGUUCACUCAUCAAAAUCUCAAAGCAGAGAUGGCAGAUGGACCAAAAGUACAGGAUGAGGACCUAAAGCUGGACCUCCAACUGAUGAGUUGCUGGCUCUGGUUUUGAAGAAGAAACUGACCUCAAAGCCUCAGAGCAAAUAAAGGAGAUCAUCAUCCUUAAAUCUGAGCAACAGCAGAAGAUUUGCCCAGCAACAGGCUCCAGCCCCCCACAACCCUUGAUUGGACUAAGUGGUUGAAGAUGAGUGUGAUAAACCAGAUUGAAGAGCAGCACAGACAAGAAAUUCAAAAGAAAAUUGUAUGUACAGUGUACCCGGAAAAUAUUCACAGGGCUUCACUUUUUCCACAUUUUUUGUUAUGUUACAGCCUUAUUUCAAAAUUGAUGAAAUUAAUUUUUUUCCCCUCAAAAUUCUACACACAUUCCCCAUA